AUCCCAGAGCCGACUGGUCCACUCUGAACCCAAUCUGUGACUGAGAGCAGGAGUAUAGUCCGGGUGGACACUUGCGGCAGCCCUCUGGCUUGGCUUUUUUUCAUUUUUCUGGAUUUAUAUCACGCAGAUAAACUCCAGGAUGCCGUCGGAAAAAAAUCUCCAAGGUACUAAAUAAUAAAACAGCUGACUACACCGUGCACUUCUCCGGGUAUCUUCAUGUGUCUGCCGCUCGCUGAGAGCUCAGAGUCCUUACAAUAGAGCAUCAGCAGGCCGAUGUUCAGGCUAAGUAAGCCCCUGUACAUAUUAACCGGCUCGCUACUACAAUAACAUGAUUUUCUCUUUGUAGGAGGAAAAGCCUUUGGAGUAUUAAAGGAACAGCAAAAGCAAAAACUGGAGGAGAUAAACAAGGUAAUCCAUGUUUUCUGCUGUUAUUUGUUCAUGUGUAGGCACACACCUGACUCGGCAUUGGCCUUGUUCCUUGAACAUGCAGUCCUAAUUCAGCUCUGUUGUGUUGAUCAGUCCCUGUAGUAUUGUUAUGAUGAAUAAUGAAUUCCCUCCCAAAUGCCACACUCACUCACUCACUCACUCACUCACUCACUCACUCAGUCGCUGUUAAUGCAUUUCAUCGAUUUCCCCCUUCUGUCUCGUGGCACUUGUUGAACGGGUGCAUGCUGUCACACAGAGGUGAAAGGUUUAUUUCAGUGUACACCCUCUGACAUCGUUACAUCAAUGUGUUGGUCCUGGUUAACAACACGCAUUUUGAAGCGUGAUUUGUAGCCGCCUCCGUGUUCGCAGUGCUCACUGUGUGGCUGGGAAAACAGGUGUACUGAAUGAGCCCUUUGUCUAACAUUUAGGCCUCGCUUGGUCAGAUUCCUCUGUUGUGGUUCCCACAGAUUAAACCACAUGUCUGUCUAAUCUCUGUUCUACACCUCUAUGUUGGCCUGCAGCCUGUCAUCAGCGCCCACUCUAUGAAAAGCAGGUCGUGACAAGAAGUAGGUGCGUCCGUGACAUCCCUGUUUCAAACACUUAGUGCAGAGAUUCCUAGAUUAGUCUACUUUUGAUGUCCCUCAUUUGUACAAAGGGAAAAAUGAUUACCCUAACCCUAAACAAAUACUAAGUACCAUCCCACUGAGCAUUUUUUGGUCUCAAAGAGGUCUAAUAGAUGUCCAAAUGUAGCCUAGGCGACUGGUCUAAAAUCAGGCUACCACAGAUCUAUAAAUUAAAGUUUUUUAGAUUUAGACCAGGUCUAAAUCUGGGCUAUAUCUAUACUACACUGUAUAUUGCUCAACAGCUAUCAUAAGUAUUUUGGUUAGGUCUAAUAGCCGUCUAUUGCACAGUGGGAUAGGGCAUGGUAUAGUUUUAGUGGCUGAAUUCAAGUUCAACUUUAUUUUUAUGGCACCUUUCAGAUAAAAAAUGCAGUUCAAAGUGCCUCACAGAGGCUAAAAACAACUAUUAACAACAAUAAAACCUGAGCCUCCCACCCACACACCCACCCAUGGACCCACACACACCCAAGCGCACACAGUAGGAGAAUUUAAGAUAUAUUGUUUAAGAGUCAUGGCCUGACACCGUGACAUUACGUGAAGAAAAACACUGGAGAUAAAGAUAAAAAAUAAAAUUGUAAAAAGAAAGAAUAAAACCUGAUGAACAAGAAAAUAAUAUUAAGUGAACAGAUAAGAAAGAGCUCUUUACCAUGUAAAAAAAACCUACAAGACAUUAAACAGUGUAAUUAUGGGUAAACCAUUUCAGAGCGGUCCUCAGGGUUUGAUUUGUUAAAGAUUUCACAAGGACUGACAAAAACUAUCAUGAAAUCAUCUUAAAAGUUUGCUAUGUGCAUUUUUGUUUUUUUGGUGCCUCACCUGGUUGGUCAGGGUUGACACCUGUCUCCUAAAGGCUUUCAUAUUCAUCCUAUUCUGUGGCGUGGUUCACCAGCAGAUGAUGAAACAUGUUAGUUGUCUUUAAGUUGUCUUAAACAGCUAUUGCCUUCCUACAAAUUCUGCAGAUUGGCACCUUUUGAGCAACAUUUGUUGUUUCAAGGCCAAACCAUCUCUAUGCAUGUGGGGAUGCACAGAGAUGGUUAAUUUAUUCACUGAAACCAUGUGGGCGUUAUGCUAGUUUAACUUGAUCAUAUUCAAUAAAGUGUAAGGACUCUCAGGGCGUGUUAAGAUUGGUGUUUACAAAAUGAAGGACACACCCAUUACUGCCAUUUCAUAGGUCGUUAAACCAACAAUUAUAUCACCUUAGAUACACUGCGCAACCCUGCUUACACGCAAUAUAAAUGAAAGAUGCUAAAUGGAUGAUUAGUAGUCAGUAAAGUAUAAUCUACAGUGUGAUUUCUCCCAAAAAAUCAAAUAUUUGCGACACAAAAUGACAACUACAAUUGCAUGUUUCAGUGGCCUGUCUUUAAUUUAGCUUCCAGAGUCUGUAAAGUAAAAAAAAAGAGUUUUCACCUUCUUAAGUCUGUUUUUGAAGACAAUGUUAAAGCACCUCUUUCUCAAUUUAUGUCUAUAUUGUGUUUUCAAAGCAUACAUGCUGACACUGCCAUCACAACCUGCUUUCUACUUACCUUAUCAAAUCUCAGCCUUGAGCUCGCACAGAAACGGUACACUAGUCCGGAUCUGACCUCUGUAUUGUGGAAUUGUUUUACUGACCUAUAUUCACCGCCUUAUUGUUCAGUCAGCACUCGUUCAAAUAUUUUCAUUUUUGUGCGAUAAACUCAGACUAAGAGCGGACAUUCCUGUGUGUUGGGGGAGGUUUGGAGUGGUGAUUCAGCAGGCCUGAGUCAUGCUGCCUUGAUAAACAGCCAGUUGUGCUGUUUGGCCUCUUCAUCCUUAAUUACAGGCCCAAACGGACUUGUGGAGGUCAGCGCAGGGAACGAACUCACCCUCAGCCUCACAUGCUCUCUCUAAUGCGACAUAGAUUGAAGCUUUGAAGCUGACUCCCACGUGGCAGAUUGCGUCAUUAUAAUUUCAUUAGAAUAGCACCCUUCAGGCUCAUUUCCUCGGCACCCUUGUGGGAUGUCCCAUUUAGUGAAUACAAAGAUAAGUAUUGAGGGAAACAUCUUGAAAUUGUAAGUCAUCCUUCAAAGGCUGGAAGUUUUGUAACGCUUGAAAAUCCGAAUCAUAAGUGCUCCCAUUUAGACCUGGAUUCCCUUUUUUUUCUUUUCUCAUUGGACUGCACCAAGUUUGCCAAUAAAGUUUAGAAAAGGGCCAAAACUGGUUCUACUGUUGACUUUCAGGAUGUGUUUUUUCUAAUCCCCUUCCCCUUUGUUCCCCCUCUUCCUCCUCCUCAGGAAUACAUGGAAGACCAGAAAUACAGGGAUGAGGAGGACCUGCCUGAAAAGCUGGAAAGUCUCAAAAGUAAGCAAAUGCACCCCUCCCCUCAGUAUGUGCAAGUACGCGGGCGUGUUCCUAACUUUUGUCCUGGCUUCAGUAUUUGUUUGUUUGUUGGCAGUCUGCACACAGACACACAUACACACACAUAUAUAUACAAAUCUAUGUAUAUAUAAGUCCGUAGCACUUUGUUUUUCUCUGUGGGAAAGACAGACUGCUGUGAUUUCUGAGAGUUUCGCAAGGCCAAGUCCACAGCGGCGAGGGAGGAAUGUGGAGGAAUGUGCCGGGGCGUUCCUCUUCUUCUUCUUGUUAUAAUAUUCAGAACUCUUUGCUCCUGGGAGCAGAUAAAACAUUGCUACUAGGAGCUAAUAAUGGGAACAAAAUGACUUCACAAAAAAAAUAAGAAAGAAACCUCCUCCACAUUGCGCAGACUUAAACAUGCAGCUCGGGGUGUGUAUGAAGUCUUGUGUUUUCUUUCCUCUGUGGUUGUGCAGACAGAAUAACAAAAGGCUGUUUACUCUGAUAGCAAGCAUAAGUCUUGAGAUGGGAAACAUACUGCCAUGUCCUACUUACAAUCUAUGCUCGCUGGAGGAAAUAGAGCAGCAAUAUAUAAACGGAAAGAGGGCCUGACACCCUGAGACGGCUCUUUUCCCUCCUUUUUCUUUCUAGUCCUAGUAACCCAGGGGUCACAUAACAGAAAUGUCUUCUAUAACACCAACCAGUCUACACCAAUGUGACUCAUCCACCAAAGAAGCUUUAUUAUACCCAAAACAGACUUCAUACUAUCCAGAAAAGAACAGUAUUACUAGAUUGGCCUGUCCCACAAUGUUACACUUGAAUACUACAGCGGAUCAGUCUCAACUUGGCUCCGCUGACUUUCCUCAGUGGACGGCUUUCAAGAAAGGACAAAGAAUCACAAAACAGACUGCACCUGUCAUGUCAGAUAGACUUCUUGUCAAUCAGAAACCUUGCAUGUCUUCAUCAGGAAGUACAGUAAUAGGAUCAUGACUUGUUUUGGUAGAUUUGAACCAUGCGCCCACACGAUCCCUGCAUUCUGGAUAUUGCAUGUGCAUGUAUAGUGACGUUAAUGCUGGGACAAGAGGUCGUGCAGCCAGAUCUAUAUCAGAGAUUUUAACUUUUUAUUGAAGCCGUGUUGCCAGCUGGGAUUUGUGAACCAUAUUGCACAUUCGCCUUGCAGUAUUGAAAUAAGGGGUGGGAAUCACUACGGUUACGGUAUUAUCACGAUACUUGGGUCACGAUACGAUAUUAUUGCGAUUUUUAGCAUUUUGCAAUACAGUGAGUAUUGCGAUACAACAUAUUGCGAUUCAUACAAUUUUUUCAACUGUUUAGCUAAUUUAGCAUUUGGCUUUCCUUUAUGUUUGUCCUAUUUACACAGUAUUUUAUUUCCAUGUAGCACAUUUGCAAACCUUUUUUAUUACACUAACUUUCUGCUGCUCUAUGAUGUCACCCCUCUGAACAAUCAGUUGAUUUAUUUUCCAUUAUCAUAGAUUUGACUUCAUAUUAGCGAUUAAUUUGAAAAAUCAAUACUUGGUAAGAGACGAUAUGAUAUAUCACCAGACAAAAUAUCAUGAUACUAUGCUGUAUUGAUUUUUUUUCUCCCACCCCUAAUUGAAAUAAAACAUCCGGAAAUGAAGUCAGCGAAUUAUGUUUUUCUUGUCGAAAGCAGGGACAAACAUUCUGAUCAAUCACAGAGAGGUGCUGAUGUUUACAGCUCUGCAGGUCAGCCUGGAGUAAGUCUGUAAUCACCACAUGGAGAUCGAUUACGCAAUAGAAGUCGCUAUCAGGUCAGUGUAAAGUUAAGCUUUCUGUGAAGAGUUUGUAAUCGGUUAUCAAAUAGUCUCCAUCAAUCAUUGAUCGCCACUAUGAGUAAACUGGAAAAUCAGCUAAAUGAUUGGCUGUUUUCACACCGUUAUUUUGAACUCCUGUAACCUCGUGUUGGCAGGUUAGUAUCCGACAAAUCAGUUUACAAGGAUAAGUAUUACAGUGAGCAGUGAGUGACUGAAGAAAGAGAGCGAGCAGGAGGAGGGUACGACCUAUGCGUGCACAGGCAAAGAGACAAGACAUUUUGUCCAGAAGUUGACUGUCAAGAAAGUUUUAACAGCUUCUUUAAACUUUCAUCAACGGUGGAUUUUGUUGCAAUCAUGACUGCUUACUGCCUCUAAACCAGUUUAUCUAAGAACAUCUAAAAUACGAGUGCUUAAAAGUUAAUUAAAAGCAAUUUUAUGCUUAUUUUCUAUAGAAGAGCUACAGUGAGAGAGUACAUUGACGAACAAGUAUAAUAUUUACACCUACAGUGAAUAAAUAAAGCAAGCUACACCUAACUCAGUGCUGUAUCCACAACUUGUUUCACCUAUGUUCCCUCUUUGGUGCUAGCUUAGUGGCAAGGCGACUACUCCCUGUCAAUCCACCUCUGUGCCUUUCAUACAGACAGUGAAGUGUAACAGUCCUGUCUUACAGAUGCUGUGCUUAAGAGAACUGUUUCUGUAUCAGGCUUUAACCCAAAGAGACACUUUUGGUACAUACUCUUGUUAGGGCUGGGCGAUAUGGGAAAAAGUUAAUCACAAUAUUUUUUUUCAUAUCAGUCGAUAAAUAUCAUGAUAUAAAAAAUGAAAUUUAACAGUGCUUAUGGGUUGCAUGUCUUUUGCAAUACAACAAGCCACUGCAUCUGUGAGGUCUUUGUGUCUCUCGGACGUUUUGUCGUAAAGCGUUGUGCUAGAGAAAGCGGACUGCACAGGUGCUAUGGGCUCCUUGCUCUGCUCAGGGUUUGUAACUGCCCCGAGCCACGUAGCACUGCUUCAGGUGGUGAAAAAGAUUUGAGGUAUUUCCCGAUUUUGCAAGAACAUAUACUUGACAUUAUUUGCAGUGCACAUUACUCUGCUUCAUGUCCGACCUCAAAAAAACCAAAAUACCUCCACACCAGUGUUUUCGUGCCAGUGUUGUCGACAAUGUCAUCAUCUGUUGAGCCUUCAUCUGCAUUUCCGCCGUGGGUAGCACUCAUUUCCCUUUUUUGCUCUGGGCUGAACGUGUUAAAGUGUAAAGGUUGUGUGUAGCUGCAGCCUGCUACUAUGCAGUUGUUUGCUACUUAGUUUUAAUUCAGCACAUGAUUGGUUCAGCGUGAAACGGAUCCGGAGCAACUCUCCUUUUCAUUGGCUAUUCAUAUAGUCUACCAAAACAUGGCAGAAUGUUAACUAUUGAAAAGGAUAUUGACCAUGUUUUAUAUUGAUAUUGAAGGAAAUCUAUUUUUAAUAUAUAUCGUUAUCGUUUUAUCGCCCAGCCCUAACUCUAGUGUUUCAAAGUCUAGCUUUUGAAGAAAACAACACUGAUUUUGUUUUGUUUGUCUUUAGACUGAUAUUAAGAGUACAUAAGUUCAGCUGUUUGUUUUUGUUUUGUUUUAAUGAACGGAGAUGUUUGUCUGCCCCCAAGGUCUGUGGGUAUCUACUGAAAGGAUGAUGAAAAAAUUCCUUGUUCAUCUGUUGGCAAAGUGACAGGGGGGAAGUCAUCGUACGUUCAACUAUUUUAUCUGCAGGGUUGUUUUAUACAACGGAAAACCCCCUUAAAGAUGAUAGCUGCCUUCAAGGGAAAGCAGACAAACUCACCAUUAUAACAUUUUAACACAAAUCAAACUCAAAUCCCACACCGCCUAGAGAAACACCAAAGAGAAUAAAGGCAGAAAACAGCAGUCGUUUUGUCACAUCAGCUGCUAAAGUGGGUCAGGAGGAAACACUGGAGAAGACCGGAGUUAUGUUCUCUGUGGUUGCAGAUGAUCAACAGGCUGCUCUACGACAAGUGGUCUACGCAAGAAUAGCUCUGUGUGUGUGUACUUGUGUGUGUGUGUGUGGAGGCCCUCUCCUUGGGGUUUACGAACAGGGUAUCCAUUGUCCUGUCCCGCUCCCCAUGGGUUGUCACACAGUUAACACAGCUCCCUCUCCCCCCCUCCACACACACACAGAGGCUCCACUGUGAGACUGAGAUAGCGAGUGUAAUCUGACCAAAAGAGUCUUCUUCUGGAAAGUGGAGAAAGGGGAAUUUUAGGAAGACGCCGGAAAUGGUCCACUUUGAUGUUUAUUUUAGCAGCAGCUGCAUGAGGAUGUUCAUAUUUGAUUUCAUUUAACCACUAUACAGGACCUGGAGAGGCACAACUGGUUAGCUCUCUGUUACAAAGUUAAUCUUAUCCCAAAAUGAUCGGACAAGAAACUCACACGUGGCUGGAACUGAGAGCUGAGUAACCCUAUAGAAGGACAUUUACGUCACCCGCUUGAGUUUGAUUUUCACAGUAUGACAUUAGUCAAAUCCAAUGAUAGAAUUUAAAGCUGUCAAAGCUAUUUAGGUUUGGUGUCUGACAGUUUAAGAUAAGGUUAUAAAUAAUUUAGGAUUAAAUCAAAGCCUCAGAGAUUGAUCAUAUAUUUGCUGUUAAGGAACCAGAUAAAAAAAAAUGUUAACAUAUGUUGAACACUGCCACAUCAAACCAUUUUCAUAUGCUUUUUGUUUGAUUUUCAAUAUUGUAGAUUAAAUUUUUGUUGGUUUCUUUGAGGUACAAAUGGAAAACGAUGUCAAAAACCAAACUGAUAAUAAAAACAAAGACUGAAAAAAGCUUUUCCUGCUCACAGUAACACAAAAUCAGUUCAUGAAAAUGCUAAAUUGACUCCAAUGUGGUGGCAACAUGAAGCAGAAAGACAGCGCUACAGCACACCAAAAGUGACAAAAUAACAAAAUAGAAAAAUAAACUGCCAACCUUACUAUCCACAUAUGUUUACAGAUAUCUAAGCUAUUCUUUUAAACGUAAAUAGUUACCUACAAUGCCUUUUAUACAGAAAAUGCUUUCUCUUCCUUUGCUUCUCUUUUCUGUGUUUUGUUAAGCCAAAGGGAUCUGAUUCAACCUGACUAAGCCCCUCUAGAGGAAAACUCUGUUAUUUUCCUUCCUGACUUUUAGGUUUCAAACUUUUUCAUCCCCUUUUGACUUCCUGGCGUGUUCACUUUAAUCUGUUUCACAUGUCGUUCCCACUCCGCUGUCUGUGCUCCGCCUGACCCCGCUGACAGAAAGCCUAAACACUCUCAAAAGCAGCACACCUGUCAUUAUCAGCUGUUUGCGUCUUCUCCUUUCACCAGGUCAGCUGUUGACCAAAUGUAAGACGGUGUAAUCUCCAGACAGUGUGACAGUGUGUGUUUCAGUUGUGCUGACACGCUAGAUGCAAGCAUGUGAUUUGUGUCCCUCUAAAUGUUGCAUCAAGACAUGUGGUGUGUAUGAACUCAGAAUUAACUACCACUGUAAGUAACGAUUUCUUCUGUUUGUUUGUCCUACAGAUAAAUACUCUGAGUUUGAUCUGAAUGACCAAGGAGAGAUCGGUGAGUAAAGGCAGCAGAAAAACACCAACUGCACUCUGGGUAACAACUGUUAGCCGACCUGCGUAACCUUGAGGGAACAGUAAUUAAUACUCUUGUGUAUUGUCUGACCGCUGUGAGCACAUUCAGGCUUCAGCAGGCUCAUGUGUCAUGUUUGUGUCCUGUAUGUAAAGUGAGACGGCACUGUACGACGAUAAUAAAGGUCACGAACAGGUGUGGGGCGAAAUGUAGUGUGGGAAACAGACAGCAGGUGAUAUCUGUCUUUAAGGGCUUGAAAGAAGAUGCAAUGUUUUUUUAGCCAUAUUAGCAACAUACAGUAGUUUUAAGGACACAAACACACCACUGCUCGUUAAAGGUAUCUAAUCUGGUCCUCUAGACCAGUGGUUCUCAACUGGUCUCACUCUGGGACCCACAUUUCCAACGGUCCUCAAGUCACGACCCACUUUUAUAGAAUUCAAACCAAACAUAUUUAUUUUUCAUAACAAAAAAACCUUCAAAGAGUCAAAUCUCAUACACAAAUACACCCGUUUUUUAUUUAUUAGUGCAUUUCAGAGCACAUGAACUGAGGAUGACAACUACUGAAGUUGCAUAUACAGAAAAUAUCAAAUAUCAAAUUUCACAAAAUCAGCUAUUUUUCAAAAUAAAAAAAGACAUGUCAAACAUCAGAUGUGCAUUAAAUAUUUUCUUUUUUGACCAGCUGUUUGUGACCCAUCCAGAGCGUGUCCGCGGCCCACUUUUGGGUCAGGACCCACCGGUUGAGAACCACUGCUCCAGACAAUGAUACUUACAUUGAAACUAUUUCUUAAAAAUCCUUCUUUUCUCAGGUAAACUCAGGUAACCUCAGCGUAAAUGCUGUUGGUGAGGGGAAUUCUACCUCUUUUAUCUCUCAUACCAGUCUCAGGCGACUGACACACCCCACAUGAGCGUAGAUACUGUAUGCUGCCACAGUGCUGCGCCCCUACAGUGAAGUCAUAAAUGAUAACAAAACAGAGGUAAUCAUUGUUAAAUUAAUGUCCAUGUUAGCUAAUAGUUAUAAGAAAAUAGGACCAAUCAUGAACUACUAACAGACAAACAGAAGUGAGCAAUAGCGCUGUAUGGAGCCACUCUGAAUCACCUCAGGGAAAAUUCCCACAUCCUGACAGUCCUAGCGUGAAUGGCUGACAUGUCAUGUAAAAGUGCUGAGGGGUCAAAAACUUGAAAAAACACUUUUAUCAGCACAGUGCAUUUACCAUCAGUGCUGCUCAAGAUCAGCAUGUGAGCUUUGUGAGCCAUUGUUUGCAUGAUAUUACUGGCAGGAGUGCCCACGUGUAAAUCCCACAGAUGUGUGAGGAAAACCGCAUAAAGCAAAGAAACUCUCACAUGACACUUUUUCAGUCACGCAGAUGGCCAAAAACAUUCAGCUUCUGUUACCCUGUCUUUUGGUUAGCUUCUGCCGAGCAAUCUCACAAGCAUUUCCUCCUAGCUUAUUUCCAAGCCCCUGCGGCUCCACUGCAUAAUGCAGGGAAAUAACUUUGGAUUCCACUUUGAGUGAAUUACAACAACAGGAGGAGAUGGGGAAUCGUCUGUUUGGGAUAAAGUCACAUAACAGAUCCUGAAAUGUGAAUCCAAAUGAUUUUGUGGCCAGUGUGUCAAAUUGCAGUCAGAUUCAAAACGAUGAUCAGAAUUAAAUCAGAAGCCCGUGAUGUCUUGACUUCAAGACUCUACUCUGGAUACACUUUGAACAAACAAACUCAAAUGAAAUAAAGCAGCUGUAUAAAUAAAAGUAAUAACUGUGCACUGGAGAAUAACAAACAGUUUGCUUUCUGUAAAACAAGUGGCAGUCAUGAUAAAGUGUCCAUUCAAUCCAAAUUUAAAUAUAAAAAAUAGUGUUGAAAGGGUAUAGCUGCCCUAGUAUAGUGCCAGUACAAAAGCAGCACUAAAUGUCUGUGCUCACCCAAAGUCAUGCAACACUCACAGAAAACGCAGAUAGUACGAGCCAAAGACCUCAAUAUAAAAGAGGUUGUUCACACUGCUGGAUGCCUCUCCUCUGAAGCUGCUCUCUGCCUCCGUCAUUGUUUACUUUCCUCACAAAGCACGUUGCAAGAUCAGAGCAUGAAUCCAAUCGCUUUAUUAAGCUUUAUUAGCCUAUAAGAUGGCUAUUUUUUAUUCCUCCGAACCCUCAUCGCGGUUUUCAAAACUAUGAACAAACAAAUUCAAAUGAAAUAAAGCGGCUGUAUAAAUGUGGAGUUUGUGGAGUGGAGUAGUUAUUGUCCAUUUAGUGUUAUCGAGGUGAACUGCUCAAUAUAUCGCGAUAUUGAUUUGAGGCCAUAUCGCCCAGCCCUAUACCUGAAUUUUUGAUGAGAACAUGCCUUUCAUAAGAAGUAAAGCUGACCCACACUGUUCCUUUGGUUAGAUCUGAUGGGUCUGAAGCGGAUGAUGGAGAAACUCGGGGUCCCCAAAACCCACCUGGAGUUGAAAAAAAUGAUCGUGGAGGUGACGGGCGGCAGCAGCAACACCAUCAACUACAGGGACUUUGUCAAGAUGAUGCUGGGCAAGCGCUCAGCUGUGCUCAAACUGUAAGUAAACCCCUGAGCAGACACAAACAGCACCGCCUCAUUUCAUUGUUUAUACAUGGAUACCGAGUUAAUUAAGUCUACAAAAACAACCGCUCCUCCUCUGCGUUUCCACGUGUCAGAGAGGGAGGAUAAAUCUUGUGCUGUGUCAGCCAAUUUUUUUCAUCCAGCAGCACUUGGUUGUGGGAUGACAAGAGAUGAUGUCAUUCGCCGCAUGCCGCUUGGCAACAAAACCUGUCUAUUAAGCCUAUCCAAAGUCAACCUAUCGUUAUCUUUAGCUGGGAUCAUGUGCUUAGAUAAUUGAUUACGGGAUGAUUAACCGCUGGCUGUCAGAUUAUGCUGAGAACAACAGUAAAAGUCAUCCCUCUCAAAACAAAAUGUACAUUAUUACAUUUAGUGGUCUGUGGUGGAUGAAGGUCUAUAUUCCUGCUGUCGUGUAGGUGGUGUAAGCUCAUAAAGAGGCCUUGCAGUGGGUCAUUCUGUAAGUGUGUGCUGGCUGCUGCAUGUCAGCUCUGCUGGACUUAACUUGGCUGGACCCUUUAAUGACAAAUCUCAUAAUCCCACGAUUCCCACCAAUAGCAAGCAGAGGAAAUGCAUAACUUUUCCUCCACAGCCCGCAGUUGUUUUUCUAAUGUGUGUAGUCCAUAAUCCCCCCUGUGGCUAUUUAUAAAUGUGUCACGCUUCCCGGUCUUCCUUGACGACUUGGCUGCAUUUGAGGAAGAUAGCCUUGGUAUUCGAGGGAAACUCAUUUUUUUGCAUUGUUGUGAUCACGUUUAGUUUUUAACAUGGUGAACGAGCAAAACCUAACUGAUGAUGAAAUCUCAACUCCUAAGGGCCCAUUUAACAAAAACGCAAACUGGGUCAGUAUUUCACCAACGGAUUUUGCUCCCCCCUGUUAAAUCCUAAGCUCCACUGUGCAGUGUUUUGCUAAUCGACAUCAUCAUUUUAUUGUCUUUUUCCAAUAUGGUGACUUAUGUUAGCCACACUCUGUCUCAGUUUUGUCUUAUUUUUUUAACCUUUUAAACUGAUCAGUGAGUUAGAGUUUUGAAUUUCAGUUUUAACCUCCAUGAAGUAAGUCUUUUUGAAACAUCUGGCUUAUACGCAUUAUAGAAAGCCUUUUUUACUUGCUGUUUUCAGAGAUGUGUGUUGAAACACCCCUGCAGAUCACGCUGUUAUACUAUUGACAUUAACAAUACAGAAUGAUAUAUAAAAAUUAGAAUGAAACAACAAAAGGAAAAGAAGACAUCUCGAGUUUGAGAAAUGAUGCAUGGGCAGACAAUAGCUAUUCUGAUGAUUGACACUUUGAGUGUGAAUAAUGUUUUGUGCUGAUAGUAGCUGCUGACAUUUGGCAAUGACAAAUGAGGGUCUUUCUGUUUUUUUAUCUGUCAUGUGUUGCUCUUCACUGUCUGUUAUCUCAAACGGUCUGCAACGCCCCUCUUGAGUGCUCUCCUUUUGUCUCUAUAGUGGGGGUUGUGCAAACCUGCUGUGGUAUUAUUCAGAGCCUUCGCUGUACAGAUGAUUUUGUCACAGUGACGGUGAAAUGAUAAUGAGGUUAGAUUGCGUGAUUGUGUGUUUGCUUUAUGUUACAGCAUAUGUUACUUGUUUGUGAUACUGAGAUGUUUUUUUUUUAUCAUAGAUGUUGGGUAAGGAAUCUUCACAGCUAAGAUUUGUACAACUUGGAUUUCUACUCCACAGGAUUUUUGAUUAUAUCAGUUUAGUCUGUACACUAUAACAAGAUUAAGUCAGCCAGUCUCUUAACCACUUUAGCGCUCGGGUCUACUUGAAAAAGAUUCAUCGUACAUGUUUCACACUCAUUUAUUUACACUUUUAGUGGGAACAUUCAUAAAAAGACAAGCUUGUCUUUGUGCGUAUUAACCUUCUGUCAGCAGAAUGAAGUGAAAGUGGGGUUAAGAACAGUCGCCUGAGUUGCUGAGUGCUUGUUUCCUCCCUUGGAUCAUUGCUCCUUAUGGGCUUAGUGGAGCUUUGCAGAGUUUUCCAAAAAAGGAAAUUAAAGACAGACACUCACUCUGAAUAGCUCCCAUCAGAGGGCUCACUCUCCUGCGUGUGCACAGGCUUAAACACGAUUCCCCUCAGUCAGUCCCCUUUGUGGUUUCCUUUCAGUCUUUUUCUUUCACUUGCAGCUUGGUCAGUUCCUACCCCAGCUGUGACUGCUACACUGCGAGAUAAUGAUCCAACUUCUCUAACACACCACACACCUGUUCACUUCAUUUACCUCCUGUUUUCCUGAUCUGCUCAUGACUGUUGUUAUGUCACUGUCCAUGGUGCUGAAGCUCAUUACACCUGUUUUGAUUUUAUCUCUGUCUGGUAAAAGGAUCUCAGCUGAAUGAUUUAGUGGUAUGACACAAUGUUAACCAUGAUAUCUGUAUAAUUUAUCUGAUUUUUUGAAUUUUUCCAAAAAAAAAAAAAAAAAUCAACCAGUUUUUUUUUACCUGCAAACAUUUGCUGUUUUUGUUAUAUAGUAGUAAUAGUUAUGAAAUGUCUGUUUAGUGACUGAUUUUUGGAUUUGAAGAAUUAAACGUUUCCUCUAACCUUAUAUAGCUAAGAUUUAGUGUAUUAUCAAUAAUACAAAUACAGAUAAUUGGACAGUCUUUGAGGGAAAGGGUUUGAACUGCCUUGCUGUGUGAUGAUUCCUGUGACAUUUGGAUAAGUUCACAUCAUUUUUAUUGACUUUAUUUAUUUUUAUGCAGUGUCUGUGCAGCUGUGUAGCUCUUCUAGUUACUAUCUGUUCUGGCUAUGUGGAAUUCAUAAUCCUAAUACCUGCUAGUGUGGUAGUUGAACCCAGCCUGUAGUAAUAUUCAUCAUUGUCUUAUACAGUUAAGUAAAUCGGCCAUCUUUACAUGUGCGCCGGCUCAGCCAUUGAUAUGUGUUGAUUUAUAAGGCUAUUCUUCAGAUGACUGCAUCUUAUUUAUCAUCCCUUUUAAUCUUGAAUAAUUGGGCCUACAGUCUCUGCUCCUAGGACUUUUAUCAUUUUACUGUUCCUAUGGUCAGAACAGAAAUGGGGAAGAAAGCCUUUAGAUUUCCUGCUCCGAGUACCCGGACCAUCUUGCAAUCAGACCUGAAACUCCAAAGUCUGGUAUCUCUGAAUGUCUUCAAAUCCAUGAUAAAUUCCAUUACAUCCAGGCUUUAGGAGUGCAAAUGUUUUAUUUGAGUGCAAAUGUUUGACUAAUCUUGUAAAUUCUUUGAACUAAUUUUGAAAAUUCAAUUAUUAUUUGUAUUCUUUGUGUUGUUUAUGAUUAAUGUAAUUAUGCAUUGAAACUGUAUGUUCUGCCAUUCUUGGCCAGGUCUCUCUUGCAAAAGAGAUCUUGGAUCUCAAUGAGACAAACCAGAGUUGCACGACCAAUCUCUGCUAGUCACUUGUUGUCUUGAAUUGAGGAACCUUUUAAUCAAACCAGUGCCUUAGUGCUAAACUCAGCCCAAGUUUUGGUUAUUAAAACUCACAUUUUUAGUAGUUCUGCCACUGGAAACCCCAGUUUAUUGAUAUAGACAAAUAAUUUGACAUCCUACUUUCUCUCUUUCCACAGUGUCUUGAUCUUCGAGGACAAAGCCAACGGCUCUCCCUGCAAACCAGCAGGCCCCCCUCCAAAGCGGGACAUCGCCAGCCUGCCAUAAGCGUAGACAUCGCCUCCAGAAUUCACGCGGCACAGAGGGACCACCAGUGGUUGCAUCAAAAUCGAGUCGUUCUCUUAACAUGUGGAGUGUUGUAUUAGUUUGGAACCAGUGAUAAAGGAUGUUAUUUUGUGAUAAACACGGUGCGUAUAAGGUGUCUGUUAUUUGGAAGACGGAGCCCACAACUCACUAAAUGAUGUUUGACUGUGAAUAUUAUCAUUCAUGUUUCUUUUCCUUAAAUAAGAUGUAGCAUUAAUAGUUGUACACAUAAACCACCUGAUAAGUUAAAAUUUUGUAGUCACUGUAUUAUGGUCAUAUAAUGAAGGGAAGACUCAAAAUGCUCCAGAUUUUUUUUUUAUCCUUUUGUUUGUUCAGUUUUUGGUUGCAUGAGUUUUAACAAUGUGAGAGUAGGAUGCUUUAAAAUGAAAAGAAGCCGUUUUUGAACACAUUUUUGCACUGUCCUCAGUGGUCUUGGAUGGAUUCCUGCCAGGUUAAUCUUGGUCAGCCUCUCGCUUCAGAUCUGGUGCCAGAGAUUACUGGCCCAGCCCUUAUUUUCCAUCCGGGUGGAAGUCGUUGGCCCUUUUGGAGCGGGAACACUGAUCUGGAAUCAGUAACUAAGGUUAUCACAGCCAACACGUGGUCUGAGUAAAUUUUUUGUUGAUGACUAAACCGCUUUGUGUUUUAGAUAGUCACCCACAGUAGAUGAGAGGAGUUCAUGUUGAGUCAAGAACUACAAACCAGACUUAGUUUUUAGAUCUGUAAGGUUAAGCACAUGUUAGUUUUGGAAGGAGUGUGAUUUACAGGCACACAAGCAUAAAAAUGUACAUACUAUAAUACACACAGUACAAUCAUGUUCUUUCCAAGUGCCUCAACAUGCAGAUACUGUAGAGCUUAAACAUGCAGAUUGAAAAAAGAGGGAGUGCACAGUCUUAGCUCAUUCAGAAAAACAAUGGUCUUUGUCUCUGAGAUAGAUUUAAUGAUGUUUAUUGAAUUACAAUAAGGUGGCGUUUCCACAAUAUUCUGAGUGUUCACAAGUGGUGGAUUUUUUUAAAUGUAGCUUUUAUGUGUUUUCCCUUUUUCUUAUCAUGAUUUUUUUACAAACCAGCGAGAGUUUCACCUGUUUGUAGGGUAAUUUGGACCUUUAGGUUGCCCUUUAUUUGUUCAUAUUUGUGUCAUUCAUUCCUCUGUAUACCCUUUAAUCUUUAACCAACCAGCCAUUCCACUCUGUUUUAACUGGGUUCAUUGUCCUGUGAAUUCUGUAAUUUGUGCCUCUGUUCUGAAGUUUCCUGUAAGUUGCGCUUUAUACUGUGAAUAUGGUACUUAAGUAGUCUUUUUAACCCACUUAAGAUGUUUCAAACUGUUGUGAUACUUAUUUUUUUUCAGCCUGGCAGGUAUAUUAAUGUUAUCAAGAUGCAUUUUAUGCAGACACCAAAGGAAUUAAAUUUCUUCUGACACUGGCCUGCUAAUUUUUCAAUUUGUUCUUGUGGUUGCGCAGAUUUUUUCAAUUCAUGAUUUACUCUUAAUUAAGCUUGGUUGAAAAUGACAUCUUGAACAUAUUUUAAAACCAUGAAGUAGAAUUUUUUUAAUCCACUGUUGACCCCAGUGUGAAUUCAGCACAUAUUUCCACUUAAAGAUGACAUAUUACACUGACAGGGAGAUAAAUGCAGUAACAAUGUGUAGUUUUAAAGCUGCUUGUGUUUUUGUAAUUUUUUUUUUUCACUUGGAUUUAGAAAUCACUGCAGUCAUGACGUUAGGUGUGUGCAUUAAAAAAUCCACGUCUAACAACACGUCUGCGUCUGCGACACAUCUUUGACCACCAGUGCUGAUACACACAUAGAUCAAACCUAUGCAUAAAAGCGAGUGUUGCAUCUUUCAGUAAGCAGUAAUAAAUGGUGUGUGGGAAUAUUUGACUAGUUUGUCACUCUUUGUAACAGUGCUUUCAUUCCAUAUUUUUUCCUCACUCACUCUCCAUGUUGUCCGUGCAGCUGUAUGAAUACAAACUUUUCUUGAGCAAUAAAAUGUUUCCAUGAAAAGUAAAAAGCUG